AUGGAGGAUCCGUCUGAUUCAAACAGUUACUCCGAAAAGCUCAUACAAACCAAAGAGGAACGAGCGCAGCAGAAGGAAGACGGUCGACUCUUGAAAACAGAAGGCGGGGCUUGUAUCUCAUGCUAUAAGAGCAAGAAGAAAUGCGGACUGGGUAGUCCUUGUCCACUAUGUAAACGAAGUGGCAAAGAGUGCGUCCGAAGAUAUCCUGGUAGCUCCGAGUCCAGUUCCUCUUCGAGUCAACCAUCUACACCUGAGCUUGGUGAAGACGAUUCUCACCCGAAAUUGCCUCGCAAAGACAAUCCAGCAGGCUUUCUGCAGGUGGGCUUUCCGAUUCCUCAGGACAAUAAACCCAACCCGGAUUCGAGUAUCUCGGCACAGUGCAAGCAGUGGGGGCCUUUGAAUGACACAGGUAGAGAUUCUCCUCUCGUCGCCGGUUUUGAUGCCGCUUUGGAACAGGAAGAUUUGAAUACAUUGUUUCCCGGAAUCGCUCAGUUAUGGAGAGCCACCUAUAGAUGA